GGCCAGGCCGUGCCGGGCCAGCGCUGGCGUCUUUCCCCUGGGCCCGGGGAAGGGCUCACGCUUUCCUCGGUCCCCGAGGGGCCGCGAUGGACCGGGCAGGAAAGGGCUCCGCGUCACGCGAGGUGCCGGUCUUUGCCGCCGCCACCCCCGAGGCCUCCCCGGGAGCUGCCCGGCCGCCCGACGCGGCCCCGGAGGAGACGGACGGGAAGGGGAACGGGGACUGCAAGGAGGCUGCGGCCGAAGACGCCGAGGGCCAGGAAGAAUCAGAUUUAACAGGAACUGGAAGGGAGGACUCAUCAUUACUUCCUGCAGCCAAGAAGAUGAAGAUAGAAACUAAAGACAGGAAAGAGAAAAAGCACAAAGUAGAUGAAGAUGAAAUUCAGAAGAUGCAAAUCCUGGUUUCUUCCUUUUCUGAAGAACAGCUAAACCGCUACGAAGUAUACCGUCGAUCAGCAUUCCCUAAGGCUGCUACCAAACAGCUGAUCCAGUCUAUUACUGGCACCUCAGUAUCUCAGAGUGUCGUCAUCGCUAUGUCAGGCAUCUCUAAGGUAUUCGUUGGGGAAGUGGUAGAAGAAGCUUUGGAUGUGUGUGAGAAAUGGGGAGAGUUACCACCACUACAGCCUAAACACAUGCGGGAAGCUGUUCGAAGGCUCAAGUCAAAGGGGAAGAUUCCUAACUCAAAGCACAAAAAAAUUAUCCUUCACUAGGUCUAGGAGCCUCCUAAGCUCUACUACUAAAAAUGGAAAGACUGACUUCCAUACUUCCUUCCACUGAGGCACUGUGUACAUCGAACAUCUGCCCCCAAAUCUUCAAGCCCCAAGUUACCUGGUAGAGAAGUGCAGCCACUUUCAGAUUUGUUUCCUGUCAAUGUAGGACCAUUUAGUUCAGGUUGGGAUUGGUGAAAACUCUUACUUGGCUAACUGAAAAGGGGGAAUGUUCUGCUUUCCAAUGGGUAAAAGUCUUCUAAGGAUCAGUCUUCUUGAUUAAUUUCAAGAGUACCUUGUUUUGCAAGUUUCACAUUGGAACCCCAAACUGCAACCCCUCAGGGCUUCAGAUCUGGUUUGACGUUGAUAACAGGCCAGAAAUUUCUAACAUGUAAAAUGUGACAGUUUAGUUUACAACAUUAGCAACAGGUGGAAUGACAGAAUAGUUUUACUGCCUUGUCAAAAUUAAACAUUAUCACGUGGUUUUUGGUGUAUGAUCGUUAAA